CGUUCGGUCGGAAUUGGCGGGUUGCUGCUGGGGCACUUGCACAGCUUACCUUUUGUCUGACCAUCCAAGGAAACUCGGGGCGGUAAAAUAUUAGUAAACUCUUUUUUUUUUUUUUUUUUUUUUUUUUUUAAAGUUUAGUUUCGUUUACAGAGCACAAGCGUUAAGCGACAGUUAUAGCUGAUUUAGCUUAGCAUCAUUUUCCACCUAAACUGGUGUUAUCCCGUCCCUGACUCGUUAUUUCACAGCACUGUUGACGUUGACAAGGAACCGGAAGGUUCCGCAGAGCCCCAAUGACGAGCAUGAGCCAACCUACAGACACAGCUAGUGAUGCUCCCAGCGUCACCGAAGACGUCAAGCUGGCGGCCACCACAGGAAAGAAGCAGAACAAGAAAAAGGUGGAAGAGGUUGUAGAGGAAGAGGAGGAAGAAUAUGUGGUGGAGAAGGUUCUAGACAGAAGGGUGGUGAAGGGCAGAGUGGAGUUUCUGCUUAAAUGGAAGGGCUUCUCAAAUGAAGACAACACAUGGGAGCCAGAGGACAACCUGGACUGCCCUGAUCUCAUCGCUGAAUAUCUGCAGACUCAUAAGACAAAUGAUGACAAGAAAGAAUCUAGCGGAAAGAGGAAAGGGGAGUCUGACACUGAUGGUGGAGAAGACAGUCGGUCCAAGAAGAGGAAAGAUGAGCAAGACAAGCCAAGGGGUUUUGCACGGGGGUUAGAACCAGAACGCAUCAUUGGAGCAACAGAUUCCAGCGGCGAGCUCAUGUUUCUAAUGAAGUGGAAAAACUCUGAUGAGGCAGAUCUCGUUCCAGCCAAAGAGGCCAAUGUAAAGUGUCCGCAGGUGGUCAUUUCAUUCUACGAAGAACGACUAACAUGGCACUCUUACCCCUCUGAGGAAGAAGAGAAGAAAGAUGAUAAGAUCUAGCCGUGUGAGGGAGGAGGGUGGGAGCGGGAGUUGACCAGCUGCGGUAGGGCUUGGGAGUGUAUUUUGGACAUGGUGAUGAUCAAGGUGGGCAGUUUAAAGAUGGGGCAACAAAAGCCCAAAGGCUCUCUUUCACUUUCAUAGAUCGAAGAAAGCAUGCACAUCCAAACAAAGUUUUGAAUCAAGGUGCACAAUCAAAAAUUUACACUGGCGGCCAAACGUUUGGAAUAAUGUACAGAUUUUGCUCUUAUGGAAAGAAAUUGAUACAUUUAUUCACCAAAGUGGCAUUCAACUGAUCACAAUGUAUAGUCAGGACAUUAAUAACGUGAAAAAUUACUAUUACAAUUUAAAAAAAAAAAAAAAAAAACAUUAACAAACUUAAACUACAAAGAGUUCAUCAAAAAAUCCUCCACGUGCAGCAAUGACAGCUUUGUAGAUCCUUGGCAUUCUAGUUGUCAGUUUGUCCAGAUGACAUCAGGUGACAUUUCACCCCAUGCUUCCUGUAGCACUUGCCAUAGAUGUGGCUGUCUUGUCGGGCACUUCCCACACACCUUACAGUCUACAAAAGCUCAAUGGGGUUAAGAUCCAUAACACUCUUUUCCAAUUAUCUGUUGUCCAAUGUCUGUGUUUCUUUGCCCACUCUAACCUUUUUCUUUUUGUUUUUCUGUUUCAAAAGUGGCUUUUCCUUUGCAAUUCUUCCCAUAAGGCCUGCACCACUGAGUCUUCUCUUUACUGUUGUACAUGAAACUGGUGUUGAGCGGGUAGAAUUCAAUGAAGCUGUCAGCUGAGGACAUGUGAGGUGUCUAUUUCUCAAACUAGAGACUCUGAUGUACUUAUCCUCUUGUUAAGUUGUACAUCUGGCCUUCCACAUCUCUUUCUGUCCUUGUUAGAGCCAGUUGUCAGUUUUCUAGUACCAAAUUUGCAAUUUAGCAUGAAUACUCAAGGAUAAGUUGUUGGAGUGAUUGCUGCUGGAAAUGAGGCCUGUCUAGAUUUGAUCAAAAAAUACUUUUUUUUUUUUCACUAUUUUUUUUUUUUUUUUCAAAUAGUGAUGGUGCUGUUUUUUACAUCAGUAAUGUCCUGACUAUACAUUGUGAUCAGUUGAAUGCCACUUUGGUGAAUUAAAGUACCAAUUUCUUUCCUAAACAGCAAAAUCUGUACAUUAUUCCAAACUUUUGGCCGCCAGUGUAUAUCCAUAAAAACUCGCAACAAAGUCAGCACACUGUUGCUCCCAAAUAAAUGUAAUGAGCUCACCAAAGAAAAAGCAAACAUGACGUUUUGAGCUACAUGCUCUUCAUCAAACUAAAAUGAAUCUUACAAACACACCCAUAUAUACCUGUGUGCAUCAAUCAAGAAAUCAUAUAACAGCAUCAUAUGACCAUAUCAAAGAGAAGGCAAAAAUAAAUGUUUUGAUUUGUAUAUUCAUUUAUUUUUGUCUUCUCUUUCACUUUCAUGCCAUAAAACUCAGACUCAAACUAAUUGUUUAGAGCAUGAUAUGCAAAAGUGGAGUCCUUUUAAAUGGACAAGAAUAAAUGUUUGUCAGAAUGCUAACCACCGCAAUGAAAAACAUGGAAAUACUGUAUUUUCUCUUUGCUUCUUUUACUGUUGUUGGAUUAUGGGAAUUGGAGUGUAGUGUGCGUAAACCUUAGCAAACAGACAACCUAAUCAUACCCAAGGCUUAAACCUUUCCUUUGAUCUGUGAAGACUUGUUCUUUAAGUCGUUACUUGACAUUAGUUUUGUGAAUGAAGUCCAAACUUUUUUGUCACCUUAGUUUAGUAAGGAAAUUACUUUUGUAUUGCAUUCUUGUUUUAGCAGUAUUUCAGAAUUUAUAUAUUCAAUAUAGAUAUAGUAUUCUCAAGGUCAUAUCUUUUGUUUAUCACUGAUAUAUAUUGCUUAUGGAAAUAUUAUAUAUAUAGAAAUAACUGACGAUUAUUUUGACAUGUAUUUUUAGUCAGCUGAGUUAACUACAUUUCCCAUAAUCCCAUAAUAGACUAUUUUUUUACUUCUCACUGUCAGUGUAUUUUAUCAGUGUAUUUCCUUGUGAAUGGGAGAUAUGCUUUUCAGAAUCCAGCUUCACUUGCAGAUAUUUAAGGGGUUUUUUAGGCUAAUCACAGUAUGCUGGACCUGGUACAUACAUAUUCAUCAGUGAUUAAAAAUGUCAAGUUUUAGACCAGGAUGUUAGCUUUUUUUUCUAACAUACCGUUUUCCCCUCUUUAUUCAGAGGUGUGCAUGUGCACAGAACAGAAUGUACUACGCGGCUUUAAGGCUUUAAUCUUUUUAAAAUGUUUAUCAUUAUCAAAAAUGAAUCAUUUGUAAUGUCUAAUGAAGAAAAGUGAAUAGGUUUCAUUUCAUACUGCAAUAUUGUGCUAACAUCACUAAACCCAGGGUUCCCAUGUCCAUUGAAAACCUGGAAAUAUCUAGGCGUUUUAAAAGUGUGAUUUCCAGGCAUGGGGGGAAAAUCAUGGACAUUUAAGUGGUGAAAUAACUACAAAAAUGUUUAUUCAAUCACUAUAAAAUGCGAAAGUCAGGAGUGGGAAUCCUGUAUACCGUAGAUCAGAUCUCAGUAGGAUAACGCAAUGUAUCCAUUUCAUAAACCCCCUGUAAUAUAAAACUUAAGGUUUUAAAAUGUAACAAAUCUCUUGCAAUUGUUUUUUUUUUAAUUCUUAUUAAAAUAGUGCUUGGAUUACUGGCUGAAUGCAGAUUUUAGUAAAAUAUUGUAUUAAUAGUGGCAUUCUAUUCUGGUGCAUAUUGAAAGAGCCUGAAGUACUGUUUGUUGUACUCACUAUCUAUAAUGUGACUGCAUUAUUAUAAUCCUUUCCAUCUUUGUCUUUUUUUCAAUCUCUCUCUCUCUCUCUUAAAGUGUAUCUUUUGAAGCAUGUUACUUUUUCAUUUUCACUUUUUCCAGGGGGGAAAAUGUUUAUUUCAUUUCAAAAGAAAAUAAACCCUUUUUUAUUCUGUUUUAA